UCUCUCCUCAUUUCAGGGUUUAAGGGGAAAGAAAGAGCUCUCAUGGCGUCGUUACUGCGGCCCGCCCUUAAACCCUAGUCGCAGUCGAAGCGAUGGACAAGACCAUCCUCGGAGAGCUGGAUUCCCUCCCCGAAGAAGACAAGCUCCGGCUGAGCGCCUUCGUCGACCGUCUCCAAGCGCGCGACAGUCUAAGGUUGUAUAAUUCUUUGGUGGAGAGAUGCUUUAUCGAUUGUAUCGAUUCUUUCUAUCGCAAGUCUCUUGGCAAGCAAGAGGAGAGAUGCGUGCUUCACUGUGCUGAAAAAUUCCUGAAGGUAUCAGCAUAUGUUGGAAUUAGACUGGCGGAGCUCAACCAAGCAGAACAGCAAUCAAAUCCAAGAUGACCCUCACUUGCUGAUAGGAACAAUGGUGUUGUCAUUGGUUUUUUUUUUCCCCUCCUGAGAAGAUCCCCAAUGAAUGAGAUGGCAGUGUCGUGUUGGGAGUUUGAUGUAGCGACAGAUAUUCUUGCAUAAGAGUGUAAAAGAAUCGAGGAACACAAUAAUCUUUACCAUCCAAUAUCUUGCUCGUUACUUCAACCGAGUGUAGCCACUACCGUGAUUUUAGAUGGAAAUUCUUACUGUAAAAUGAGCGAUAAGAGAGUAGCUUGAAAGGGUCAUGUUUUCAUGACCCGCCUUAACAGGUUGAUCUUUUAAGCAAUAGCAUUCCUGCUAUACUUCUUUCUGGACGCAUUUUAGUGAUGUUUCUGUUCGUUUCUUGAA